AUGAGAGGAACGCCUUGRCAAAAUGCUGAAUCGAAUGUGAAACCAAACAAACCAGGGAAAUUCCCCGAAACUACUUCACAGUUGCAUGGUUGUUUCUAMGGUUUUCUCUUCCUCGUUUUGUCUAACAUUCCUGCUUCUUUUAGUCGUAAAGUAGUUGUGGUUUCUCAGUUGGAACCCAACGAGUACAAAGACUCGUGUACAGCCGAUUUUUACAGAAGUCGCUUGCGUUUUUGUCCGAAAGAGAGGGAAAGAAUGGCUAUGGGUAACUCACUAUUAGGAACAAGCAAACCAAGGCUGUCGAUCAAUGAUUUUGGCUAUCAAUUUAAGGGAUCUUACUAUCUUCUUCACUACAACCAUCCMRSAUAGUGYCACCAURUUCCAUCAAAGGACGAAUUGAGCUUUUAUACAGAACAGUUAAGGUUGAACGAUUCAAUUUAUAUUUGAGACCCUUAAAGAUGUUUAGGGCUUUACUAGCCUUUUCAUGAAUGGMCAUGAUGUGUUCUUUCCAAGAAAGGUUGUCYGACAGARUUAAACCAAGAUGUGUAUGAGAGCUAACUUCGCGAAUAGGGACAUCAUUGAAACAAAGUAUUGGGUGUGCUAUUU